AUGAGUGUUUCAAUUUCGUCGCAAUUCGAUGCAUUGAUUGACAAUUUUAAAAAGUCACCCCCUUUCUACCAUUUCUCUGUGGCACUUCUUUCAAUUGGUGCAUUUGUGUCUGUAUUCGAGUCGAUAUUCAACGUGUUCUCAUUGAGUGCUUCACAGAUGAUGGUUUCAUUUGAAUUAUGGCGAUUGAUAACGAGUGUUUUAGUUGAAAGGAAUUUGAUUUUGUUGAUUUGGUCGAUUUGUUGUAUUCAUAUCACAUCAUCGUUGAUUCUGCCAGUUUGGGGUCAUUUCGAAUUAUUGAAAUAUUUUACAAUCGUUCAGAUAAGUUCAUCAAUAGUUAUCACGCUGAUAGCGUUCCUUUCAUAUGUGGUUCACAAGAAUUAUACUUUAUUUUAUCAUGUUCAAUUGUAUGGUUGUGCAUCUAUGUGCGCUGCUUCCUACGUUGCUAUUAAACAGUUUCUACCAGACACAAUCUUAUUGAGUAGUCGGGUAGGUCGUCUCAAGAAUAAUCAUCUACCAAUCUUAUCGUUAUCGAUCAUAACGAUCUUAUCAUUGAUUGGUUUGGUUCGUUGGUCGGCCAGUUUACAAGUGGCACUUGGAAUUCAACUGGGAUGGGUCUAUUUGCGUUUUUAUCAGCCGCAUUCUGAUAUGGAUUUGGAUGGUGCGCAAAAAGAUGAUGCUUCUUAUGGAGAUUACAGUGACCACUUCGCCUGGGCAACGUUGUUCCCAUCAAAACUACAGCCAAUGAUGAGUGUAAUUUCUGGUGUGGUUUUCUCAACAUUGAUUCGACUGAAAAUAUGUAAGCCACUUGUGAGGCAUAUUGAUAUAACAAAACUGGACUCUGUCAGUGUGAUUCUACCAAGUUUACAGGCCAAAGAUACUGAGAGGCGACGUCAGAAAGCAUUACGCGAUCUAACGGAACGAUUGAGUCGUACGAAGCGAGUCAGUGAUGCAGACAACACGGUGUCGUGGUCGGAUAACGACGACGAGACGUCAUCCGAUGUCAUUUCUCCACCAGCAACUGCCCAGAUCGACUCAUCUCAAACAGCACCACUCCGUGGAAAAGAAAAGCACGAACCCUUAUCAAGUGCACAACCUUCAUCCUCUCAUCAGGUAUUCGCUUGCCAAAUAGACUUUUAUUCAUCACUCCGUAAAGCAUCACUUGGAUUAGACGUUACGAUUCAAGACUGUUCUUUUCAGCAAAAGAUCUGGCAACGAAGUGGCCUAUUGCCUUAUCAUCAAGGACUGAUAUUCAGUGGAGAACUGUUAUCCGAUGACGAAGCAUUGAUAAGUUUAUAUGGAAUAACAAGUAAUUCAACUAUUCGACUCGUGAUACUCACUAGAUCUGGCCCGUUAUCCGUACAGGAACAGAACGACAGUGGUUAUAAUAAGCUUGUUUCAAUCAAUCGUUGUAAUGAUGAAAUGAUGUCAAGUGAAGCGAAACAAUGUAAAGAAGAAAAAGUGGGUCGUGUCUUUGAUGAGAAGUUUCUGGACGAGAAUCGACGAACACUGUUUAAGAUGUGUGAAUUACGUCGACAGAUGCGUCGUUUUAAAAAUGAGAAAGAAGUGGUGCCACGCACAUCCGAACCAUCAUCGCGGGUGUGUGUAUCAGCACCAGAGGACACGAGUGCAAAAGAGAGUUCAAUCGGAGACGAUGACAGUGACGAAUAUGACUAUGAUGAUGACGAAAGUAACGACAGUCUUGACCAUCACAAUGCCAAUCAGAUGAGCAGUGCUCAGGGCACAUCGCAUAAUCAACUUUUAUCAUCCAACAUCUAUUUUAACAAUAGCAGCAGCAAUCAACCAUCCACUUCAAACUCAAAAAUCGUUCUCAACAAAAAGAGUCGUCAAAUUGCAUCGAAAGGUUACGCGUUCGCCGAAAGCAUCACACUACGAGCAACAACGCGACAACAUCGAGUGCCUUUCAGAAGACAAAUCGAGCUCGAAAACAGUGAUAUAACUACGUCAAGUGAUGAUGAAAGACAACGACAAAAACCGUCAUCCAUCAGACGCAAAUCCUCAGAGACUUCGUGUAAUCUUAACGCAAACAUGAUGCCGUCCUCGUCAAUAUUACUGUCGAGCAAUCCUUCUGCAUUACGUCGUUCUUGGUGGCUGUCUCGCUCGGUUAACAACAGCACCGGUAACACUACUAGUCAACAGCAACGGUGCAAUGCAUGUGCCGUUAAACUAAACACAACCCUCUCAUCAAUUGCUUUCCAGUGUCGAUGUGGUAAAACGUUGUGUGCCAGACAUCGUGCACCCGAUAUGCAUACUUGUACUCGUCUUCGUAAACUACAGGAUGUUAGUGAUUGA